GCUGCGGUCGAGGGGGCGGCCGGAAAGCUGCUGAGGAAUCGGACAGACUUUCACUGCACUCCUCUGUUGAUUCCAGGCUAGCGCUCCGAACUGAAGAAAAUUUCACCUCUUACUCCGCUGCACACCCAGAGCGACGCCCCCUCUCGGCCUGUUGCUGCCGCCGGAGCCCACUUGAGGGGCACGUCUGGGAUGGAGAGUCCGAGCCUGGGGGACUGCGGAGCUGCCCCCUCGGUCGUCGACCGUGAGCGCCUAGUCGCAGACCGGCUGUGUGACCUCCGGGAGGAAGAUGUUGCUCUGGGGUCAGAAACAGUGGGAGAGGAUGAAAAGCAAAUGGUGAUGAAAAGCAGCAGUGAAUGUAAUCUCCCGCUACAAGAGCCUAUUGCUUCUGCUCAGUCUGGCAGGAACGCAAUGACAGAGUGCCGAAAGUCUGUACCGUGUGGAUGGGAAAGAGUUGUGAAGCAAAGGGUAUCUGGGAAAACAGCAGGCAAAUACGACGUAUAUUUCAUCAGCCCACAGGGACAGAAGUUCAGAUCCAGAGUUUCACUUGUUAAUUAUCUUCACCAAAGUGGAGAGACUUCUCUUAAGCCAGAAGACUUUGAUUUCAGUGUACGUCCCGAAGGGAGCAUCAAGUCAGGAUGUAAAGGCCGAAACACAGCAGCUCUGACAUUCCAACUGCAACACCAAAGUAACAGUUCAAACCGGAACCUCAGGACACGGAGCAGGUGGAAAAAAGAUGUGUUUCCCCUGCCAAGUGCUUGUUUGGAAUUGCAGGUUAGCGGAGAACUACCUAACUUGAAAGAAGAUGAGGGUGUUCAUGAUAUUGCCUCCAGAAAGGUUAGAAAGUCCAAAAGAAAGGUGACUGUUUUGAAAGAGAUUCAAAAUAAGAAAACAAAAAUAGGGUGCCGCAAGGGUCUUCCCGAUCCUGUCCAAAGUGAUAGAGCAUCUCAGAGUGAACCUGUUGCACAGGAAAGUCACCUUGAGGGAACUUGCUGCAUCUCUGAUGCCAGAGCCCGCGACCAGGCCCUUGGUGUGACCACUGAAGAGGAGAGGCUUGGUAAAAAAAAAUCGUCAUGUUUGGGACCAGACGUUGAACGGAUCCCUUCUGGCAUCGUAAGCAAAUUAUGUUCGGCCAAAGAAGCGGAACCCAACAAUCAGUGUGAGGACACCUUUUUAGAAUCUGAGGAAACAAGAACCAAAGUAGAAGCUGCAGAGAGGAAGGAGUAUUUGCAUAUGGACAUUUCAGAAGGUGGCUCUGAAACAGACGACAGCUCACAAACAGAGAAAAACCCUACAUCUGCGAAAGUAUCUCAAGAAGACACCGUCCCACGAACACAAAUAGAAAAAAGGAAAACAAGCCUGUAUUUUUCCAGCAAAUACAACAAAGAAGCUCUUAGCCCCCCACGACGCAAGGCCUUUAAGAAGUGGACACCUCCGCGGUCACCUUUUAAUCUCGUCCAGGAAACUCUUUUUCAUGAUCCGUGGAAGCUCCUCAUUGCAACUAUAUUUCUCAAUCGGACCUCAGGCAAAAUGGCCAUCCCUGUGCUCUGGCAGUUUCUGGAGAAGUACCCUUCUGCUGAGGCUGCAAGGACCGCAGACUGGAGAGAUGUUUCAGAACUUCUUAAACCUCUUGGUCUCUACGAUCUUCGAGCGAAAACCAUUAUCAAGUUCUCUGAUGAAUAUCUGACAAAACAGUGGAGGUACCCGAUCGAGCUUCACGGGAUUGGCAAAUACGGCAAUGACUCGUACCGAAUUUUUUGCGUCAAUGAGUGGAAGCAGGUACACCCUGAAGACCAUAAGUUAAAUAAAUAUCAUGACUGGCUUUGGGAAAACCAUGAGAAAUUAAGUCUAUCUUAAAAACUCUUUGAAGUUUUCAGACUUGUGUUUUAUACAUCGCUUUGCAUUUCGAUUCUUCAGAGCUCCGUUAAGCACAACCACCUUUCCAGGUGUAUAGAUUUUAAUCAGCCCAACGACUGCCAACCUACUGUUUUCUUAAUGUGUGUGCCACUGGUAGAUCUUUGCUACGGAAUGUG